AACAAAAAUGUCGUUGCUUGGUCAAGUUCAGCUUCUUUAUAUGGUUAAUCCGCACUCUGCACCCACCAUACAUUCUCAAGUUUAAUAUCCAUUUUGAAGCAAGAAACAAAGAAGGAACCAUGACUCGGUGGUGGUCCUUUAGGUGGCGGAUGGUGGUGGUUGCCAUCGUGUUUGUGGUCUUUCUCACAAGUCCGGGGAGGUCACAGCCACAAACAAACUUGCUAAGGCAGACUUGCAGCCCAGUUAACGCCACAAACAUCCCAAAUUUCUUCAAUAAUCUUAAUGAUACUUUCAGAGACAUCCGUAGACAAUUAUCCAACAAUAACACUUACUUUGCAACCUCAGAACUUGCAAGAAAUUCGGUGACGGUUUAUGUAAUGGCUCAGUGCAGGAAGUAUAUGUCGACAAGGGACUGCGUCAGUUGUUUUGACUUUGCAGCUAGUUCAAUACGAAGCUGCGCCACUUUAAGCGGUGCCAGAUCAGUACUUGAUGGUUGUUUUCUAAGGUACGAGAGUAUUUCUUUCUACACUGAAACAAUAUUGCCAGGAGUCAAUCCAGGCAUAUGUGGUAAUAGUACUUCAUCAGGACGAAAUGUUUCAAAAACAGCUGUGGAUGUAUUUUUGUCUAGUCUUUCUAUUGCAACUCCAAAAAUAAAUGGUUUAUAUGCUGCGGCCACAACGUCUGUUGUUGGUAACGAUACAAGUAUUGCUUACGCUAUAGCGCAGUGUGCCGAAACACUAACAACCGAUGAAUGCAAAAGUUGCUUGGAGGUUGCAUAUGCCAGUAUAAGUAUUUGUGCCAGUAAUGAUGUUAUUGACGGGAGGGCUAUUGAAUCAGGGUGUUUUAUGAGGUACUCUACCAUUCCAUUUUUCAGAAGCAACCAAAUAACUGACAUUGCACCAUUUCUACGAGAUGGUGGUUCAAGCAAUAAAAUAGCCAUUAUUGGAGGUGUGGUUGGAGUUGUAGGUGGUCUAAUCGUCUUGCUCAUAGUUGUACUUUGGUGGUACUGCCGAUCAAAAAGAACAAUGCCAGGAGGCAGCUUGUACGGGGCAACUGAAUUGCAAGGUUCAAAGGAUUACAACUACAAUGAUCUCAAGAAAGCGACCAACGAUUUUGGGGACGAAAACAAGCUUGGAGAAGGAGGGUUCGGAGAUGUGUACAAGGCAACUUUUGAUGACGAGAAAGUUGUGGCAGUUAAGAAGCUUAAAGUGAGACAUGCUGGAGCAAAAAUAGGCUUCGAAAAUGAAAUCCAACUUAUAAGUCAAAUUCGUCAUCGAAAUCUUCUUGGUCUCCUUGGUUGGUGCAUUGACGGAUCCAAUUUACUUCUUGUCCUGGAAUAUAUGCCAAAUGGAAGCCUUGACAGGUUUCUAUGGGGUGAAAGAAAGGGCACCCUAAGCUGGAAAAUAAGAUAUGACAUUAUCUUAGGCAUAGCUAGGGGUCUCGCUCAUCUACACAAAGAAGUCCAUGUUAGAAUUGUGCACAGAGAUAUAAAAUCAAGCAACAUUCUCCUUGACGAUGCUUUACAACCAAAAAUAGCAGAUUUCGGAUUUGCAAGGUUUCAACCUGAGGAUCAAAGUCAUGUUAUCACUAAGUUUGUUGGGACAUUGGGCUACACAGCGCCGGAAUACGUACGAUAUGGCAUUUUAUCAGAUAAAGUUGACACGUUCAGUUUUGGUAUAGUAGUCCUCGAAAUCAUUAGUGGCCAAAUGUGUACUUCCCAGAACUUGGAUGGACCAUCAACCGAAUUUCUCCUCGAACAUGCAUGGAAGCUGUAUGAAAAUCAAAAAGUUGUGAUGCUAGUUGAUGAGACAAUGGAUAUCAAUCCAGAUGAAGAAAAACAUGUGAAGAAGAUUAUUGAGAUCGCUUUGUUAUGCACCCAGUCACCAGCGUCAGAAAGACCAGCCAUGUCCGAAGUUGUUUUGAUGCUUUCAAGUGAGCAAUCAUCCGUUGAAAGACAUCUUACUAGACCUAAUCUCCCUUAUCUAAAUCGCAGGAUUCAUAUAGGAUCUUCAUAGAACUCUAAAGACAUUAUUUAAAGCGAAGAAAAGACCCAACUAGUUUUUCAUAUCCAAAUCUCUUCCUUUCCUUUUAUACAACUUCACUUCCAAGACACUUUUAUCAACAGAAAAUGAUUAACAAUUGUUGAACACAAAGAGCAUACUCAUUCGUUACAUGUCAAAAAUGUUAGUGUUAUUCAAAGUUUGUGGUUAAAGCGUUAAUUUGCAAGACUAUAUAACUCAUUUUACUAAAUACACUAUAAAUAUAACACAUAAUUUUCUUU